AUGUGGUUCGACAACGCCAAAUAUAAUAUCCGGCCUAUGGUUGUCAAGGGAUCUGUCGAGACCACGAUGCUCCAUGCAGCUGCUUCGGAGGGCCUCCCGGAUAUGCUGCACGUGUUGCUGACUGCUUGGCCAGCAGGUGCACAGGCAAGAGAUUCAAGAGGCAAGCUGCCUCUGCACGCUGCAUGUGGGUACGAAGCCGGGCAAAAUCACUGCCCGAAAGGCAGCUUGGCUGUUGUGCAGCCGCUGCUUCAACAGUGGCCAGAUGGCGUGAAAGUGGCUGAUACCGAUGGCCGGGUGCCCUUGCACUUUGCAGCCGAACGUGGAGAUGUGGAGCAAGUUCGGCUCCUGCUUGAGCAUUGGCCAGAUGGCGUGAAAGUGGCUGAUACCGAUGGGCGGCUGCCCUUGCACUAUGCAGGCAUGAGCGGGGUUUUUCAGCUAGUGCAGCUCUUGCUGCAAAAGUGGCCAAGUAGUGAGAAAGUCGCUGAUCUUCGGCCGGGCUAUUUGCCCUUGCACUAUGCUAGCAGGGGCUCUGACGUGGAGCUAGUACAGCUUCUGCUGCAGCUUUGGCCGGACAGUGUGCAGGUUGUUGGCAACGACGGUUGGCUGCCUUUGCACAUGGCAGCUUGUUGUGGCAGUUUGGAGCUGGUGCAGCUGCUGCUGGAGCAUUGGCCCCAGGGCUUCCAUGUGGUUACCGAGGAAGGGGAAACGGUCCUUUCCCUUUCCAUUGCAGGCGGCAGCGUGCAGAAUGCUCGUUGGAUAUUUCAAAGGUCCCCGCCGCCUUCUUACAUUCCAAACUUGGACUGCGUGGUCCUGAUUGAGCUGGCUUGCAACACCACCGAAGCGAGCCAGUCGUGGAAAGAUGCUGCAAGAGACCUGAAGUGCUCGAAUACGAGGUGGCUAACCAAGCCAGAAUUGCAAUUGUGGCUGGACUUCUGUGGUGGCAGCCCAAACUUUCGAGAUAGUUCUGGUUCACGGCUCAUAGACCUGCUGCAGGAGUCUGAAGCGCAGGAGUUCUUGGAAUUUCGUGGGACGCAAGAAGACCGGAUCACAACAACCUUGAUCGACUGGUUUAUUUGGGUGGCGCUGAUCUCGGCGACGAGCACAGCUUUUGCUGUCGUAGGCCUUGAGUGGUUGACGGUGAGAUUUAUGCGGAACUGGGGCUGGCUGAAAGAGGUGUCCGUCCCGGAUGAGUUCGAAGAGUCAGCGAAGCUGCUGGUUGGCCAAGCUUUUGCCAGGCGUGUGUGGCUGCUCAGGUUGUGGCGCUGGCUCGAGCUUCUGGUUGCUGUUGUCUUACUUGGCCCUUCGCUCUUGCUCAUGUACUGGGUGUGGUGGUUGCCCCUGGUGGCUUUUACCUACGUUGUCCCGGCAGCCUGUCGCCAUGGAAUUCGGAAGCUGGUCCAAGCCCCGGUGCUGACCAUCUUCGCACAGGGUGCCGCGGCCCAGGUCAUUGCCCUUUUGCGCACAGCGCUGUUUUUGGGCAUCCUGGUGAACGUACAUGUUGUCAGCGAUGCUGCAGUCAGUUACGGUUACGGCGACGAUUUUGCAAGUAUGCCUUCGAUUGCGUGGAUGCAGAACCUGAUCAACCCUUCCUACGAGGAUUGGUAUCGGUCAAAGUUGAGACUGUGGCAUGAAAGUCGACUGCAUGAUCACUGGCUUUUUGAAGGGGGCUCGCAAAUCAGCGCCGCCACCUUGUACCAGUCUCUGGAGCAGGUGGGAGCAUGGCUCCUCGUCCUGUACCUGGCAUGCCUGCUUUGUGCAGUCAUGUGCCGUUGCGUGCAACUCCUGCUCAAACAAAGGGCCGGGAGCGGUGCUACACAUGACGGCCUGAAGCAGCUCGCAGUCCGGGAGUUGUUGAAGACCCCGAAAGACAAGAUUCAAGGUGGCGGGCUGUGGCCAAGUGUGGCUGUUUGGUUGUUGGAUGUGGGCCUUGACGUCAACACCAUCUUCACUUUUCUCAUGGCGAAGCAGUAUGUUUUCGCUGCAGUGACAGCUUUCGUGGUGGUCCGUAGCACCUUCAAGCAGGUGCUCGUGCUCGCCCCCUGGAAUUUGCCCGAGGCCGUGCGGCAAAGUGCACACAGAGGCCUCGUGCGGAAGGAUCUGCUGGACAUGCUGGAGGAGGAGAAGCGUUCCGAGGCGUUCCUUUGCGGUUGCAUCACGGCCUACUCCGCCAUGUUCUCUGUCGACACUGCUGUCCAAAUGCUGGUGCAGAUGUUAAGCACUCUUCUCAGCACGUGGUUGUUUGCAGGCUAUGCUGUUCAAGUUUGCGACUUCGAAAUGGAUGAGGACGCCGUCAACAACUCGUAUGGAGAAGCUGCACAGGAAUCGGUGCCGGAACCCACGCUCCACGAAACAGCUCAGGGCCUGCCGGCUGGCGAGAUGACCCAGAAAGAUGCGAAUGAGGAGACAUGGAUUUCCGUAGUUGCCACGGAGGAAAAGGAAGCGGCCUCCCUUGAGGUCACCAAGGACGGCGAGAUGUUGAGUAGCCAAAGGUACUCAAGCUGUGCAGCCCCGAAGGGGCCAGCAUCCAAGGCAAGAGCGAAGAAGAAGCCUGGGUCACGAAAGCAGAAAUCCAAAUUUUCCAAGCCAUCCCCGGCAGACGUAAUUGGCGCCUCAAAACAGGCAUCGUGA